CAGCAUCAGGUCGCACACGGAGGAGAAGCAAUGGGAAGGAGCUUGUCUGGCAGCAAAUGCGCUUUGUGAGCGCUUCUCCGUGUGACCCAACCCAAGAGCACAAACAUCUGUUUGCCCGCUCCUUGCUACACGUAGCUGUCCUUGUUGUCCCCUCUUGUGGGAACACAGCUUUAAUUACAGGACAAAGUGCCUUCUGAGAUCAACGGGUGAAUGCGAGUGCUGAAAGAGGAGUAAAUCAUGUCAGGUUGGAUCUGAAGUGUGGGAAUAGGGAUAGGAGAGCAGGCACUGCGGGUGCGGUGGGAUUCAUUCCCCUUGGUGAUGGCAAGGUGAUGUGGGGGGUGAUAUGGGGAAUGUCCAUGGUCCAUGCACUCGCUGCCCAUCUUUUUCUUUCACUCCCCAAGCUCCCCAGUUUGGUGUAGGCUUUAGAGACUGCUCGCCAGCUUGCCUGCUGCCCGAAGGCGGGUGAAGAGCAAAUCAGCCCCUUGGGGGCCAGAGGGGGCCUGCCCAGCCGGGCAGGGGCUGCGGGGGAUAUGCUAAUGGAGCCGGGCCGCUGCGGGCCAACCUCCCACAAUGCGCCUAUAUAGGGCCCCCGCAUCAGCCGGCGGCCACUUUGUCUCGGGUCGCUAAUUGCAGAGGGAAUCACUGCACUGCGCUGCGAGCUGCCAGCCCACGCUGCUGCCUUGGACGAAGAGAUGGAGGUGAUGGACAGCUGCCAGUUCUCCCCAUCCGAGCUCUUCUAUGACAGCUCCUGCCUGUCGUCCCCUGAGGGUGAGUUCCCCGAGGAUUUCGAGCCAAGGGAGCUGCCUCCCUUUGGAGCCCCUGCACCCACUGAGCCUGCCUGCCCUGAGGAAGAGGAGCACAUCCGGGCCCCCAGUGGGCACCACCAGGCUGGCCACUGCCUCAUGUGGGCUUGCAAAGCCUGCAAGAGGAAAUCCACCACCAUGGACCGGCGGAAGGCAGCCACUAUGAGGGAGAGGAGGAGGCUGAAGAAAGUGAACCAAGCAUUCGAGACCUUGAAAAGGUGCACCACAGCCAACCCCAACCAGAGACUCCCCAAAGUGGAGAUCCUGAGGAACGCCAUCAGGUACAUUGAGAGCCUCCAGGAGCUCUUGAGGGAACAGGUGGAGAACUACUAUCACCUGCCGGGACAGAGCUGCUCCGAGCCCACCAGCCCCAGCUCCAGCUGCUCCGAUGGGAUGGUAAGAGCAGGGUAGGGUGAGGGACAGCUCACAAUGGGCUCUAGCAAGGGCCCUUGGCAGCUUUGGGGCUUUGGGAAAAGGUGGAUAGCUUGGGUUAAAUCUUAAAAAUGUUGGACAGUUUGGGUUCCCACCGGCCCUUUCCUAGAUUUAAGCUUGCAUAUGGGCUUUAGGGCACCCAGCAAGCACCCCAGCCUCUGCUCGCCCUUUGUCCCCUCCGCUUGGGGCC